AUGGAAUUGAAUAUAAAUAAUAAGAAUACAAAGAUCUGGCUUGCAAAGGUUCCUCUAUUUUUGGCAGAAAGGAUAUUGAGCCGGAAUGAGGAGACUGUGGUUGGGGAGCUUGACAUAACAAAAGCAACACCUACCGAGCCGGCAGUGUUGAAUUUGAAGCUAUCGAAGGAGUUUUGUGAAGGCGGGUUCCCAUCUUCGUUUGAUGUAAAGAUAAAGGCUAGAGACAACAACAUGUAUGUUGUUAAGGCACAUGAAAACAAUGCAGAUGUUGAAGGGAUGAUCAACAAUGAGUGCUACAUAACACCUGAGAUUAAUGAGGAGUAUCUGAAGUACAAGAAGGAUGCAGGAUUUAAGAGCAGUGCAAAGAAAGGAGAUGUACAGGUCAUUGAUUAUCUUAAAGAAGGUAAGAGAGGCGAGAAGUUUGGAAGCCUUAGGGAGCUUGAGUAUCUUGCUCGAAAGAGAAAGAAGAUGCUGAUGGAUAAGAAGAGGGAGAGACUUGGAAAGAAUGAGGUGAUAGAUAUGGUCUUCAAGGCGUUUGAGAAGUAUCCAUCGUGGACUGUAAAGGACCUGGCUGAUUUCUGUGGGCAACCUGUUGCAUUUAUCCAAGAGAUUGUCUCUGACAUCUGUGUGCUGAAUAAGAAGGAUCUUAAAAACACAUAUGAGCUGAGACCUGAGUACAAGCAAUGA